AGCUGUGGACGCUAACACUACUGUGAGAGCAGGGCGAGCGGGUGCUGGGGGGUGCAGUGGGAGCCACGGGUCCUCGUCCCCCGCCCGCGUCCUAGAGAAACGGGUGACUGCCAGACCGAUCCCACAAACCCGUUGCCCCGAGCGGCCCGGAGGUGCGCGGAGAGUCCGGGAAAAUAUCAGUGGAUUGCGUGUCUCCUCGACUUUUCAACAUGAAUUACACGGAGUCCAUCCCGCUGGCACAGUCUACUGUAGCAGGUUUUACAUCUGAGCUAGAAAGUCACACGCCCGUGCCUUCCAAUGAGACCACUUGUGAAAACUGGCGAGAGAUUCACCAUCUGGUUUUUCAUGUAGCAAACGUUUGCUUUGCAGUUGGCUUGCUAAUUCCCACCACUCUUCACCUCCAUAUGAUACUGCUCAGAGUGAUGUUAUCUAUAGGAUGUACCCUUUAUGUCGCCUGGGCCACUCUCUACCGCUGUGCCUUGGAUAUGAUGAUCUGGAACUCGGUGUUCUUGGGUAUCAAUAUUUUGCAUCUUUCAUAUCUUUUGUACAAGAAAAGACCGGUCAAGAUUGAAAAGGAGCUGGGUGGUGUCUACCACCGGUUGUUUGAACCACUCCGAGUCCCUCCAGAUUUGUUUAGAAGGUUAACCGGACAGUUCUGUAUGAUCCAGACCUUGAAAAGGGGCCAGGUUUAUGCCACAGAGGACAAAACCUCAGUUGAUGAGCGUCUUAGUAUUCUGCUAAAGGGAAGAAUGAAGGUCUCCUAUCGAGGACAUUUUCUGCAUAACAUUUACCCGUGUGCCUUUAUAGAUUCUCCCGAAUUCAGAUCAACGCAGAUGCACAAAGGCGAAAAAUUCCAGGUCACCAUUGUUGCAGAUGAUAACUGCAGGUUUUUAUGCUGGUCAAGAGAAAGACUGACUUACUUUCUGGAGUCAGAGCCUUUUCUGUAUGAAAUUUUUAGGUACCUUAUAGGAAAAGACAUUACAAAUAAGCUGUACUCACUGAAUGAUCCUACUUUAAAUGAUAAAAAAGUUAAGAAGUUGGAGCCACAGAUGAGCCUCUGCACGCAGAUCUCCAUGCUGGAGAUGAGGAACAGCAUCACUAGUUCCAGCGAUGGCGAGGAUGGCCUCCAUCACUUUCUGCGGGGCUCCUCCAGCACGGCUUCUCUCCCCAUGUCCUCCCCGCAGCAGCGAGCUUCUGCCAAGAUGAAGCCAAUCGAGGAAGGGGUAGAAGAUGAUGAUGAGGUCUUCGUGCCGGUGUCUCCAGAUGAGCUCAAAGUCCAUCAGUUGCCUUGAGUGGCAUCUGGUGGCCACGACGGAGCUGUCCUGAUGAGCGAGCAGUUGAAGUCCCACACUCUGCUGUGACUUUUGGGGGGUUUGCUUCAGUCUCGCCGAAGGGAAGUGAGGGAGGGUGGCAGACAGUAGCUGUGUGAUGCCUGUCCCGUUAGCCAGCUCCUUGUGUUAGCUGAGCCUUCGGACUAAACCUUGCUCUAUCUUUGCAGUAGAUAUAUUAAUAUUAUUUUAGUUAAUCUUAAAGCUAUCAACACAAACACCUUUUUGCUUAUUUUUCCAAGUUGUGGCCCUUUUCUUGCCUCUGUCAUGGGAAUUUAGAACGAGUUGUUCUUCUGAUCAUUUUAAUGAUGUAAGUUGAAAUCGAGGCUGACAUAACAUUAAAAAGUUUAAUUUUGUUCAA